CUCCCAUGCAAAUCGGGAAAACUUGUCACGGAAGGUUUUCACUUCUAUCUUUAUUUUCUUAAAUACAGGAUAUUUUAACAUUGUUCGUACAGUUCGGUCUCUUGUGUUGAUGUGUUAUGGUGUAGGAGUGCGUUUCAUGAUUGUUACACAGCAUAGAAGGUAACUUCGAUUUGAGAAAUACCUUUCCUAAAAAUAGAUCGGUGGCCGAUAUUCUUGUGGGAAAAUCUAGUAAGCAUCCCAUUCAUGAAGUACAUUCAUUUGGUGCUGAGCAGUGAAGGUGCAUAGGUCGGGGAAGAUUCAUUGCCAGUGAAUGAACUUAGGAGAGAAUUUGUGAAAGAAAUUAAGAAACUCUUUUCAUUUGUUCGGAUUUUCAUCGACGCGCAAAUACAGACCAUCUAAAAAUGGCGGCUGAGGGAGGAUUAGCGCCUACCAGCGAUGAUAUGCCAGUUGGUGGACCAAAAACACCACAGCAGAUUGCUGCACAGCGUCGCCUACAGCAGACGCAGGCACAAGUCGAUGAAGUGGUUGACAUAAUGAAAACAAACGUGGAGAAGGUAUUGGAAAGAGAUCAAAAGCUUUCGGAACUCGACGACCGGGCAGAUGCGCUGCAGCAAGGUGCGUCACAGUUUGAACAGCAGGCUGGAAAACUUAAGAGCAAAUUCUGGUUGCAGAACCUAAAGAUGAUGAUAAUUGCUGCCGUUAUCGGAAUUAUCAUUCUAGCUCUUAUCAUUGGUCUGUAAACACCUAAACGAAAGGAGGAGGCCGAGGUACCUAUUUCAACAGCAAAUCGAUUUCGGCACUCAAGCUAAAUAAUAAAAUUGUUCUUUUAAUUAGAUAUUAGUGAUGUUGAUCGUUUCCAACAAUUAUUCUGUAAAUUCCAAUGUAUAAACCUUACUGUGUAUUUCUUAUAGAUCGUCAUAUAUUUACAUGUUUUGAAAAUCACUCGUCCUUUAACACGAAUCCUUUUAGUCACUAUCAGCAAAAUGAUAAACAAAUUAGAGUAUUUUUAGAAGAUCUUUCUUUGUUAAAAUAUUUACCUUAUAAAAAUGUAACAACAUGAUAUGCUAUUUGCUAUACAUAUUAUAGAUACCUAAGGCUUAUCGAAAAUAUACCAUAUCUUGUAAUUUUAAAUUGUGUUCAAAAUAAGAUGGGUCGUAAAUGACUUAAUUUGUUUUUUUAAAUUUGGACCAAGUUUCUGAUGUUGACUUGUUAGUGACCGCAUUUAUUUUUAUAAAUCAUAUAUUUCUUAUUCUGUCGUCUGUUUAGGGAAAACUGUAUCCGUCACACCGUGUAUCCAACAUUUUUUUUUUUUCGUAACUGAAUUUGCUAAUACAUUUAUUAGACGGUGUGACAUCCCCUGCGGAACGUCAGCUUUAUAGUCGAUCUUUGAUACCAAUUUAUAUAAAUUCGUUUGACUCUUUGCUUAUAAUAUUUUAUAACACUUUUUAGAUGUUGAAUAGGUACAUAGGUUGUUUGUAACGUGAGCUGGUCCAUUUCCUAUAUAGUUAUUUUAUUUAUGUAUAAAAAAAUGAUCCAAAUAUUAUUUAAAAUAAUUUUCGUAAAUCAAGAUAUUUAUAUAAGUUUUAAUGAUCUGCUGUAGUUGUCAUUAAAAUUAUUUAACCAACCUUAAAUGUCUAUGCUAUUCCUACUUAAACGAAAUUUGUAUUCGUUGUUAUUAUCUAGUAAUAUGCUAUUAAACAUGCUAUAUAAUUAUAGCUGAAAUGUAGUACGUUGUAUUUUUUCUGUGUGUAAAAUAUUAUGUAUAGCUUAUUAGACACUUAAUGUAAAAUACUGCACGUUUUGAUGCUAAACUGUAGUUAAUGUCAUGCUAUAUUAUAUUGGAAAGACCUAGUCAACAAUAUACUUAUGUGACAUUGGUCUGCGUUCUCCAUUAUUUAUUUUAUUCUUUAUUUAAAAAAUGCAAAAUUUUAUUUACGAAUAAAUUUGUGUGUAAUAAGUCUAUUUAAAUAUUAUAUAUUUCGUUUUGAGAAUGCAGUCUAUAAAUAAUAUGUUAUUAUUAAUGAAUAAAUUUUAAGUACAACAUGUUUAUUAUAACAUAAUUUAAAAAUGAAUUGAGUCAAAGGUACCAAAUGUAGGUGAUGACGUCACUUAAUUCCGAAUGGAAUUUAUCUUAAGAUUUAUCUAGAAUACAGUCUUAAGUUGUAUGAUAAACUUAACUUCAAAAGUUAAGUUUUCAAUCGAACUUAGACAUAGUAAAAUGUAAUCAGCGUUGGUUGACAGUCACGUUAGUAUUUUUAGUUUAUAUCAUAAUUAUGCACUACAUUGUUGUUGAAUCUUAUUAUAGAAGUGUUUAUCAAAUUUUAGUUGUGUAUCGUAUAGAUAUAGUUUAACUAUUAACACUCGCCUCUUUUUUUGAAACGAGGUACGAAUUAUAAUAGUAUCUAUUGCGUUAUCCUACCAGUUAAUAAACGCUAUAAUAAUAUCGUUUUAUUUUCGAUUUCAAAAUAUUUAUAUUGACUACUUGUAUUAAAUAUACCUACUGUGAGCGUAGCUUUCUUAUUUUUAUAAAUAUCAAAAUUGUAUUUUUUGUAUACCUCAGGUUUCGAAAAAAGAGGCCCAAAAAUUCACUGUAAGGUAAAAAUAAACACACCAGUCUUAAAAGAGACGUAUAGAAUAGACAAAUGAGGUAAAGGUAAACAGUGUUGACAUUAUCUGUAUAAACUAAAAAGUUUCCAAAUACGAUAUUUUAAUCAAACUGUUAAGUACAAAACAUUAUUUUAACAAAAAAAAUAGAUCAAUUUGAUAUUUUUAUGUGAAAAAAAUAAAUUAUACGUACCUAUUUUUAAGAACGAUGUUCCGAAUAUCUUACUAAAUACUAAUAGUGACAAAAUAUAUAUUUUUAUUUAAAAUUAAUUAAAUAUUUUAUAGACAGAGACGGUUAAACUUUUUACCUUUAUUCUUAUUGAAUAUUUAAUAUAAUGAUUAUAAUAUCUUAAUCGUUAAGAAAACAUUACGUAGUAACAAUAGAUAAAUAACCAUUAGACUACUUAUUGAAUGUCCGGAAAUUUUAGAAUAGUUUUCAUUUACUUAGAUAAUUUUAUGCGCUUUUUUAUGGUAUUUGAAAUAUUAAUUAUAUAAGUUAACGUAAUAAAAAUAGCUGUUUUGUUUCGGUCAAAUAAAACUUGUAUUGAAUGCUUACUGUUUAGUACUAUAUUUAAUGUAAAAAGUGUUGAGAAAGUUAUGAUUUUAAUUCGGUAUUUGAAUUCGACAACAUGUAACCAUAAUAUUAAGAUAAAUUUUGAAAAUAUCGUAACAAUUGUUAUGGCAACACACAUUUACUGUUACUAUUGUGUUAGAAGAAAAUUGUUCAAUAUUUAAAAAAAAAAACUAAUAUAACAAGUUAAAAUAUUCAUAGUACCUAUCUUAUCUAUGAAAAAAAUACAUAAAUACAUUAAAUCGAUCAUACGAAUACUGGGUAUAAUAUGUGUGUCUAGAAUUUAAAGAUAAAUUUUGUUGUAUUUGAACGUUUUUAUCUACGAAAUAAUUGUUUUAGAAGAGGAAUACUCAUCAGACAACCAAAGGCUUAAUGUAUAACAAGAUAUAAAACUUUCAAAUAUAACAAACUAGUAUUCUGUAUUACAAAUCAAGUACAUAAUCAAUGUAAUCUCAUUUUAAGAACCAUAGAAAUUAAAAAUGAUUGUAAUUCUGU